AUGGCUACCAAAGUGGAUUUGGAGAAGGCGUAUGACAGGCUAUAUUGGGAAUUCAUCAUGGAGACUUUGAUUUUGACAGGCAUCCCAGAAAGCAUGAUAGAGAAGUGUAUUGAAACGGCCUCGUUGAGUGUUCUAUGGAAUGGAAAGAUCUCCGAAAUAUUCACCUCGACUAGGGGUAUUAGACAAGGUGAUCCACUCUCACCAUAUAUUCUUGUGCUAUGUUUAGAAAGGUUGUCUCAGUUAAUUCAGAAGGCAGUCGAUGCAGGAUCAUGGAGACCUUUUGGAGUUAAUCGAGAAGGACCGAAUAUAUUGCAUCUAUUUUUUGCAGACGACAUCCUUCUCUUUGCAGAAGCUACAGUAGGGCAGAUGGAUACAAUUUUGGAAUGCCUAAAUUAUUUUUGUGCCAUAUCAGGUCAGAAAGUUAGUGCAGCUAAAACGAAGCUUGUGGGCACGGAUUUUGAGAGCCAAGUAUGUCAAGUCACAUGUGCAAGAUCAACAACUGCACUCCAGGAAUACCCGAUUUGGAAGGCAAUUUGCAAAGUGUUGUCUCAAGUCGUUGCGGGCACAAGCUGGUCCAUAGGGAAUGGAAAGAAAAUCAGGUUCUGGAAAGAUGUUUGGCUUGAAGGCUUCAGUCAAUUAUUACAGCAUGUGGCACAAGAAUCUUCCGUGAAGGAAAGCAAUGUGUUAAUGAAGGAUAUGGUCAAAGUUGAUAAUGAAUGGAGAUGGGAGGAAUUUGCUCGCCGACUUCCCAUGCAGUGGAGAAUUACCUGGAUGCUUAGUAAUUUGUCUAGUAUGCAUGUGUCAAGAGAAGACCGAAGAUGGGAGUUGGCAUUUAGGGUCACGGUAUGGCAUCCAUUGAAGGCAAUGAAUCUGAGGAUCUUCACAGACCAAGACCUGUCAACUUACAGCACUGUAAAAGCCAUUAAGUGCAUGGUGGAAGAAAUUGAAAAGGCAUACAUAGACAUCAUGGAAUGUGACCGAUCAACUUAA